CUCGUCGUUUAACUUCAGCAGCCGCUGCAUCCUCACCGGGACACCACAACACAAAGGCUUGUUGUGCAAUUAAUAGAAGGCUUUAUUGUUGCGGCGCGUAAAUGCGCAUUAAGGGUUAUGUUCCGCGUUCAUUAAGACAUUCCUGCGCGGAUUGGGGCGACAGAGAGGCUUUACAUAAUAAACUGCAAGCAUUCACGUGAAAUGCCCCUUUAAAAGCCGGCUCUCUUCGGUCACACCGAGGGGCAUCGUAAACAAGCGGAACGAGAGGAGUCUGUGACAGCUGCACUUUGGUGUGUCAAACCAGGCUUCAGGAUGGUUUCUUCGUACCCUUUACCGGAGGGCUUCUCCGAGUUUGAUGUGUUUUCCCUGGGAUCUUGUCUGCUUGUGGAGGGUCUGCUGGGCUUCUUUCUAAAUGCGGUCACAAUGCUUGCUUUCCUCAAAGUGAGAGAACUGAGGACUCCCAGCAAUUUCCUAGUAUUCAGUUUAGCAAUGGCUGAUAUUGGCAUCUCCAUGAACGCCACGAUCGCCGCUUUCUCCAGCUUUCUGAGGUAUUGGCCUUAUGGCUCUGAUGGAUGCCAGACUCAUGGUUUCCAGGGCUUCAUGACAGCUCUUGCCAGCAUCCACUUUGUAGCUGCUGUUGCCUGGGACAGAUAUCACCAGUACUGCACCAGGACAAAGCUGCAGUGGAGCAGUGCCAUCACUCUGGCUGUGUUUGUGUGGCUGUUCACUGCCUUCUGGUCCGCCAUGCCCCUCAUUGGCUGGGGAGAGUACGACUACGAGCCCCUCAGGACUUGCUGCACACUGGACUACAGCAAGGGAGACAGAAACUACGUGUCCUACUUGGUUCCAAUGAGCAUCUUCAACAUGGGUAUCCAGGUGUUUGUCGUCAUGUCUUCUUACCAAUCCAUUGCACAGAAAUUCAAGAAGACAGGAAACCCCAGAUUCAACCCCAACACUCCUCUGAAGACUAUGCUGUUCUGCUGGGGGCCCUAUGGGAUCCUGGCUUUCUAUGCUGCUGUGGAGAAUGCAAACCUUGUCUCACCUAAGCUCAGAAUGAUCGCGCCUAUCCUGGCUAAGACUACUCCCACCUUCAAUGCCCUCCUGUACGCACUGGGAAAUGAGAACUACAGAGGCGGCAUUUGGCAGUUAAUCACCGGGGAAAAGAUUGAUGUGCCUCAAAUUGAGAACAAGUCCAAAUAAACUGAGCAUGCAAUAAUUACAUGCAUUCUGUCCUUGUGGUUUCUCGCAGGGUUGUGAGUGAUCUCUCUCACCAGGAUGGAAGUGCAUUAAUCCUCUAAAAAAAGAGGACCAUUCUUGAAUUCACAGCCCCUACAACACUCUGCCUGUAGAUCGACUAAACAUGCUUCUUUCCUCCACGCCAGCAUCUAAAGUUUGCUAUAACAAUACAAUAUCACCAAGAACUGAAUAAAUCAGUGUUAUUUACUGAGGCGAAUUCAUGUCUGGUCCAGAGUGCUCUAUGAAUUAAUGUUCAAGGAACAUUUCACUUCAUCCAUUUGACUUCUGCAUAUCAUGAAAUUUGUUUUUACUUUGAUGUUUAUGUAAAAUACACCAUUGUUUAAGCACAACAUUGAACAAUACACAGUACCAUACUGGUUAUUAUAAAAUGACUAUUUUUUUUAAGUAGGUUUCAGAAACCACGUACCACAUUCUUAUGGUUUUCUUUUACCAACUGUUGAUACUCGUAAUAUGAAAUGCUAAAAUGUAUAACACACGUAAACUUUUGGAAAACAGCAGAGUGCUUCAGAAUUUAAUAUAAAAGUUGUUUUAAAAAGGAUAUGUUUUUAAAGAUGAGGACUACUUUAACAAAUCAUUUUUCUGUUUUAUGUUACAACAUAAAAUACAUUUGUGGUCACAAAUCAUUCACACUCAUCAUGGACAUGAAUGCCAUGAUAAUUCUGGGCUUUUAAUUAUUUCUUAGAACUGUUCAUUUUCCCAGAUGGAGUCAUUGGAGUCAGAAAACAAGAAUUUGGUGCCCACGUUUCAAAGUACUUUUAUUUUUCUCCAAUCCGCAUACACACACCCCGACUACUAUUUGGUCCUUUAGCAAGUUGCACCUCAACCAGAUGCUUUUAGCAGCCAUAAACAAGCUUCUGUAUAAUUGUGGUUUAAUAUUUGAUCACUCUUCUUGGCAGAAUUGGUAGAGUUCAUUUUAAUUAGUUGGGUUCCUGGCACGAAUGGAUUUUAUGCACAGUCCACAAAUGUUCAGUAGGGUUGAGGUCAGGGCUUUGGGAAGGCUGUUUCAGAAGUUUAUUGUUAGCCUAAUUUAUUGAUUCCAAAAUCAGUUUUGAUGUGUAUUUGUGACUGUGCCAAAAUAGCUCAAUCUUUGUCUCGUCUGACCAUACAAUUAAACUUUUCUCCUGAAGUCAUUUGACGUAUUAAUUGGGCAGAUCCAAAUUUUAGUCAAGAUCGAAGGUGUUGAGUUUGGAGCAAGGGCUUUAUUCUUGUUGGUACCCUCAGUUUGCUCUCAUCUGAGGGUGACAGUUUGGAUUUUUUACCAGUACUUGGCAAAGCGGUGACACAUUCGAAUAACUUAUCGUUAUGUACAACUAAUUGAACUGAUUACUGUGGACUGGCAGGUGUUUAGAAAUGCCUCCAAGAGACUUUCCUGGGAAAAUGCAAUGAAUGAAAUAAAUGAGGUCCUUUCAAAUCUUAAAUAUUAGUUGGUGGAAUUUGAAAGACAACAAUUCUACUCUACAAUGUAUACAGUAGAUUUUGUAUAAUGACCGGUCCCUAUAAAAUCCUAUAAAUACUGGAAAACAUUGUUUUUGUGUGGCUGAUGUAAUGUUUAUAAUUUGCAGUCAUCCUGAUUAAUCUAAAACAGUGACAACAUGCACUCAAUAUCCAUUCAAUAAUCAAAUAAUAAAGAAUUGCAGAUAGAUAAA